UCGCUCGUUAAUCCUUUGGUUUGUGCAAACAGCGGUUUCACCGAAUCUAACUAUACCCAGCUCACCGAACUUUACCGGAAAUACAAGGACCAAGAGUUUGAGAUCUUGGCAUUCCCUUGCAACCAGUUUCUAUACCAGGAGCCAGGCACAAGUCAAGAAGCUCAAGAGUUUGCCUGUACACGCUUUAAAGCAGAAUACCCUGUUUUCCAGAAGGUACGCGUAAACGGUCAAAACGCUGCACCACUCUACAAAUUCCUUAAGGCAAGUAAACCCACUUUUUGGGGUUCCAGAAUUAAGUGGAACUUCACC